AUGGUUGGCACGAAUAUCGACACGCUCAUCGCCAAGCGUAAAGAUUAUGAACCUGCUCCAGAUGGAAGUGGCUGGUAUGUCUACAAGAAGACUAGCAAGUGGAAGUUCCAUCCGGAGACUGGGCUCUAUCUCCACAUCAAGAGUGGAGUGUACUACAUACAGAAGGAUGGCGACCCGAAGAACUUCCGCAAAAUCGACGAUGACGAUGACCCCAUCGUCCGGAAGAUGAAGCAGUCGGAAGAGAUGCGACGGGCCAUCCAGUCCACGGAGUUCGUCCACUUCGGUGAAGGCGCCGCUGCCGCGGCGGCGCCCAGGGCCGUUCGGGAAGAUGGUGCCCCUGCCCCUCCGGUAGAAAUUGCCCCGGCUCCACGGCCGCCAGAGAAGGAGAAGCCGCCCGAGGGCGAGAGCGACAAGAAGCUAGAAGGGAAGGUGCGGGAGUGGAACGCAGAGAAAGGCUUCGGCUUUAUCAUCCCACUGGUCCGGGAGGACGAGGAGGCUCCCAAAAGCAUCUUCGUUCACCUCUGGAACGUCGUGGGCAGCACCAGCAAGAACCCCAUCAACCUCCGGGAAGGUUCCAAGGUCCUCUACAAGUUGGGGGAGCAAGAUGGAAAGCCGAGGGCGCAGGAUGUGGUCAUGCUCGGGAAGGACGGCAAGCCUCUGCCUGUGCACGCGGGCGCCCAGAACUUGGAGGAAAAAAGGCGGAGCUAUUUCGUAACUGCCGAGACGCUUGGUGUGCGGGUUCACGCGGAGAGCUGGCCCGGCAAGCAGAUCGAGUUGCAAGAUCGAUACGCCCAGGAUGAGGCAAUGGAUGAGCUUGGAGUCUACUUCGGCGUCUUUGAUGGCCACGGGGGCGCGCAGGUUUCUGAGCUGGCCGCCAAGAACCUCCACCGGAAUAUCUUGUCGUGCUUCCGGCAGAAGGCUGUGCAGCCAGCCAGCCGGGACGAGAAGAUCAAGAUGGCCGUGCGAGAGGCCUUCUCGCAGACCGACCGAGACAUCCUCUCGCUCUCGGAGAGGAAGAAGUUCGAUUCCGUUGGCUCCACUGCAGUCUGCGCCAUGCUGCAUGGGAACCCAAAGCUGGGAACUGCACUGCGGCUGGUGCUGGCCCACAUCGGGGAUUCCAGAGCGAUCCUCUGCAGAGCGGGGCAAGCAGUCCAGAUCACCGAGGACCACAAGCCGGACCGGAUAGACGAGAAGAAGCGGAUCGAGAGGGCAGGCGGCCUGGUCUUGAACGUGCGAGGGGCUUGGCGGAUCGCGGCCCCUGCCAACCCGCGCGGGUCCACCAAGUCCUCGCGCCGGGAAUACCAAGGCCUGUCCAUCACCAGGUCCUUAGGGGACGCCUGCUUCAAGAACCCGGCCUUGUCGGCGGCCGACCCCGAGGUGAGGGUCCUACCGAUAUCCGACAAGGACCUCUUCAUCGUGCUCGUUACCGAGGGGGUCACAAGAGUCCUCUCCAACCAAGAUGUCAUCGACUGCGCCAGUAAGCACUGGGGCGACUCCGAAGAAGCCGCCAAAAACAUCGUCCGCACUGCGUUUCAAGCCGGCAGUGAUGAGAAUUUGACGGCCUUGGUCGUUCAAUUCGGGUGGGCCGACAAGCACACGCCGCGGUAUAUCGAAAGGAGGCGGCAGAUGGUGGCGCAAGGUGUGGAUGGGGGAAGCCCGGUGAUGAAGCCCACGGCCGCGCCGAGCAAGGAGGUCUUCUCUGAUAAAGCCGUGGAGAAGGAUGAUUUUGACAUGUUUGGCUGA